AUGUCAACCUUCCAGGAUUGUACAAUUGAAGAAAUAUGUGAUGAAUUACCUUCUCAACAACCUCGAUUUAUACUUAUUAGUUUUGAAUAUAACCAUACAGAUGGACGUGUUUCUCUUCCAUUGUGCUUUGUUUUUUAUACUCCAGAUGAUUUGCAAAUGCUCUAUGCUGGCAGUAGAAAUCAUUUUGUAAGUGAAUGUGAGCUUACAAAGAACUUCGAAAUUCGUGAUGCCGAAGAAUUAACUCAAGAGCUGCUUAACUCAAAAAUGGCAUAG